AUGGCUGGUCCUCCCCCUCCACCUCCACCUCCACCCCCUGCGCUUGGAGGGUCGUCAAAUUUACCACCUGGCCCACCUCCCGUUAUGCCAGCUGGCAGGAAUGCUUUGCUCGGUGAUAUUAGAAAAGGUACAAAGUUGAAGAAAGCAACGACCGUUGAUAAAUCAAAACCAAUUUUGGAUUCUAAGUCUUCGAGAUCCAUUGGGGUGCCAGGUCCGGCGCCAUCUUCUUCUGGAUCGCAUGGUGCAGCUCCAGUUUCGCCUCCUAGUGGAGUUCCUCAAUUGGGAGAUAUCUUUGCAGGAGGAAUGCCAAAAUUGAAAUCUGUGAAUAAGCAUGAUAAUAGGUCAGGAAUAGUACCACCAUCUGCACCGAAGAUCCCAAUGCCUUCUGGUGCGUCUCCGCUGGUGCCAAAAUCCCGGCCACAAGUCAACAUGCCGCAAGUAGCUCCACCUAUGCCAUCUUCAAGGCCUAGCAGACAUGCCGAACAGAAGCCAUCGGUACCAUCGAUACCAUCCGUUUCAGCUCCACCAGUUCCUUCUGCUCCCCCUCCACCACCUGUAUUGAAUGUUUCGGACUCUGGCUCGAGACCUGGCUUAAAAGUACCACCUAAAAUGCCACCAAACAGACCAAAGAAAUCGUCACAUUUGAAAUCAAAUUCUGUGAACUCGAUUAGUUCCUUUGAAGAUGACAAAUCAACCUCAUCUGCUCCUACAUCUCCGGCACCUCCACCUCUUCCAGCAUCAUCUGCUCCACCACCACCACCACUACCAACAUCAUCUGCUCCUCCUCCUCCACCGCUUCCAACAUCAUCUGCUCCUACACCUCCGCCAGUGCCUUCUUCAGGUGCUCCACCACCACCUCCCAUGCCAAACUUAUCAGCAUCUCAGAAGUCUUCAGGUGCGCCACCUCCACCUCCCAUGCCAAACUUAUCAGCUGCAUCUCAAAAGUCUUCAGGCUCAAAGGCACUGUCGCAGGCACCAGCUCCUCCUAGUGGUGGAGGGUUACCAUUCUUGGCAGAAAUUAACGCGAAAAGAGACGAAUCGUAUGUAAUUGAUUCUAUUCCAUCAUCUUCGAGUGCUGCAAGAAAUAGUGGGUCUUCAAGCAUUGCAAAGCCGGCACCAAAUGCUUCGGCACCACCUAAGCCUAUAUCGCAUCCACCAGCACCAAAAGCACCACCUAUUCCUAAAAAUAAUGCACCACCGCCUGUUCCAUCCGCUCCCCCUGCACCACCUGCACCACCUGCUGCUCCUAGCCUAUCUAGCUCAUCGGCAUCUAACUCAAAACCUCCUGCACCAUCUCAGGGUUCUUUACCUUUCCUUGCUGACAUUAACUCCAAAAGAGAUGAUAACAAUGUUAUUGAUGAAAGUUCGAAUAGAUCUUCAUCUGUAUCAAUGCGCCAACAACCAGCGAAUUCGCAAAACCCACUCGCAAUUCCACCUACUCCACCAUCCAUUCCUCCAACACCUGUUUUUAACCCAAGCAGGCCACCUCCAACUCCAAAGAGCUUCCAGCUGCCUACGCCGCCUGUGUCACUGGCGCCUCCAUUACCUCCAUCGUCAGCACCAAGUACACCUUCAUUACCAAAUUCAGUACCCCCAACGUUGCCUGCUCCAAACGCACCCUCCAAAGCGAAGAAAACACCUCCUCCCCCUCCUCCUCCGUCAGGCAAAAGUUCUACGACAGAUCUGCAGCAAAAUGCUGGGGAAAAUUUAAGAAAGAUAUCUGCGCUGACCUACACUAUUAAUACUUCCCAAAAUAGAAAUGGCAAAGCUGGCAGUUCAUCGUCUAAAAUCGUAAUUGAGGAUACUGGAAAAAGGUUUAAAUUUACAAAUGCAUCUUCUAUUCCACACCCAAGAAGAUAUGGAGAAAAUGGCAAUCAUACUAAGUUAUAUCCUAGUGGAAGAGGCACAUCUGUUCCAUUAGAUUUAAGUUUAUAUUCAUAA